AGUAUGACUUUCUCAAGUGAAUACGAUGACCGAAAUUUCAUCAUGCAUCCAAAGGAAUCUUCACGGACAAUAGAUCCUUGCAAACACUUCGUCAAAAAGAAUGUUUCCGAGCUUAGGCGAAGCUUGAAGAAGGAGCUGUCCGCUGGAUUGGAAGUCCCCAGUAAAGUUCUCAACUCGAUAAAUACUUCAAGGCGGAAUUUUGGUAUCUCUGAAAAUCCAUUUCAGAAUGUACAUCUGAAGAACAUGCUUAAAAUCCCAGGAAUAUUUGGUAUCAAGAAGAGACGACAAAGAUCAACAGGCAGUGCUGAGUUGAUUAUCUCUGAUAAUAAACCAGCCAAAAUCAUACAGAAGAUGAUCACAAAAACAGAUCCGAAACAGACUUUUAUGAGGAUAAAAACAGCUUUUGAUAAGAAACAUAAAGCUUCAAACCCAGAAAAUCUUCAGAUUGCAGGAAAAGCCUCUGUUUGGAGUAAGAAAAGAUCCCGCAUGGAGAAAUUAUCUCAUAAGCGAGGAAAGACUUUGGAUGUGCAAAAUGUUUCUAGAAAAGCCUCUAAGGAUACCAUCUGGAAGUCUCCCUUCCCAAAAAUUGUCCUGAGGGAAAACCCUCUUCACAAACAUGUGAACAGGGAUCUUUCAGGAGAGAAAUCUGGAAAAAUUACUGACAGAUGGAUGAUUAAGCAUAGAGACAAGUUAUCAGUUUCAAAGAAGAAGUCUAAACAGUUGAAAUAGUUUCUUAACUCCUUUUGGAUUUUAUGUUGAAAAAUCUAAUAGUAGCUCAGUCAGCUUGAAUAAUUGCUCUCAGAUGCAGAUUUUAGAGAUGUUGAGGAAGAAGAUACAAAGCUCUCAAACCUCAGCUUUAAAAUCUUCGAAGAAGAGCAUCCCAGGGUGUGAUCCGAAAAUACAGUCCUCAUUCCGGAAAUAGCGUAAAAUCUCCUCAACGGUCACAAAAUAAAGUCAAGGUUAAUAACACAAAAAUUAUUUUGUUCAAAAGUAGGGAAAGUCCAGAGUCCUCCAGUGUGGCGAAAUUCGAAAAGAGAAGGGUAAUUUUGACGAGAGAUAACUCGCAGAAAUAAUUUCAAUGGUUCUAAA